CAGCACAAUCCUCUUUAUGCCUCUAGCGGGCGUCCCUGUAUAACUUCGCCACGAUCCAGCCCGAGAAGACUUGUCUAGACCGCUGGCUCGGGAGAUCAAAGAUGCCUCGCUCGACAGCUGGUGAGAGAUGCCGUCACAGGUUUACUACUCAUGAUAAGCGGAUGCAUGGGGGGCGGGCAAGAGCCUCUCUCGGAUCAAGUAUGCCGGCAACGGCGACGAGUGAGAGCAACUCCCUGGGCGGCAAGAGCCACGCCAAUUGGCUUCUGCAUUCCUUGAACGGAAACGCAAUAGAUCCGCAGCCGGAUACCUCCAUGACCGAGGCAUCAACCACUUUCAAUCAGUCUCAUUUGGGGGUCAUCGGUCCUGAUUUCGACCUCUACGAAGCAUCCUGCGUCGAUGCCUCAGCCCUGUCAUCAAAGCAAUGUCUCUCCACGAUCGCCAAUCUAGACGUCUCAUUGCAGACCUAUCUACUCGAUCAAUUCUGGGAGCGCUUCAACACAUGUACAUUCCUUCUACACAAGGAAGCCUUCCAAGCAAGUCUUCACGAAACGCGAUAUGGGCCCUUCUGCUCGCCACAUCUCCAUCUUGCUGUCCUGGCAAUGGGUCUACGCCGGGCUCACCAUACGCGACCGGAGGUAGCACGCCUGUUACGGCCAAACUGGGACUCAGUGUUGCACCGCCAGCUUCGAGAAGCAGUCGAUGGGUUGCUUAUUCGUGGGGGGUGCACAGUGGUGAACGUCCAGGCCGUGGUGAUCCUUGCUCAUCUCGAGCGCGAGCGUGGACGAGAUCAUGCGGCAAGGCAAUACCUGGAUUCUGCAUUCAGCAUGAUGGAAAACAUCCAGCAACGGACUCAAAAUGUGCUUGACAUGCGUGUGUCCGAUGACGAAAUCAUUGUUCAGCGCACAACGUUACGCGCUGCCGUUCUGAUCCACAGCCAUUGGUGUUUUCUCGAUAAUCGGCGUCUUACGAAGACAUCCUCGACGUCAGUGGAUAACUCACCACAUAGACGGGGAGAAGUCGUUGCAUCCCAACAUCUUCACGGCAGCAGAGUACUGUCGUUCACGAUGAAGAACGACCUCGCCGCACAGAUCUACAACGCACAUCCGGAGCUUGUGAGCAUCGCCACUAGCGACAUAGACGAGGUCUCGCUGUGUUCGGCGGCUGCCAAUGACACCGCCACUGAAAAUGCUUUUUCCUGCUUAGUACAGAUACACACACGGCUGAAAAACUGGUACAGUGGCUUGCCAACCCAUUUGAGUUGGAGCGAUGAUUCCCAGCACUCAGCACCUCCGAACCUGUACCUCCUUCAUCAGCAAUACCAUGCUAUCCUCAUUCUCCUGUUUCGGCCAUUCGUAUCUCACGAGCCGUUGAGCGACAUCACUUCAUCCGUAGAGAGUGCCAGUUUGCACCAGCUGUCCGCCUCGAUCAGUAAACUUACGCUCAACAGCGCAGCACAGAUAGCAAGCCUGCUCGAAGAAUGCGGCCGACGCUUUGAGAUCGGGGAGAUCUCUCCUCUGGCAGUCCAGCAUGGGGCUCUUGCAGCUAGCAUCAUCUUUUCGAACAUGCUGCGAACGGAAGACAGUGCUGUUCGAAACUUAGCCAUGCGUCAACUCGAUUUUUUCCGGCGAUUUUUUUCUGACAUGAGUGCCAUACAGGAACCGGCUCAAAGACUGCUAAAUAGUCUGCUGAGAGUCAGAGGUCUGAGAAAUCGUGGGAGUGUUACUACGCAAGGGUGCGAAUCCUUCCAGUCGUCGCCGGACGAAGAGGCUAUCGAAACAGCCGCUGAGCCAAGAUCAAUUGAAGCUGAGAUCAGGAACUUUCCCGGUGAUGAUACAAUACCACCUGUCAUGUCACCUCUAGCUUCGGAUGAGGCCAGUGGUUGGUCCUCCUGCAAUCAAUCAGCCCUUGAAUGGAUCAAGACUCCUCGAGAGGCCCGAACGUCCUUGCGCCACUUCUCAGGGGGGCUCAGCCCCAGAACGCCUGUGCAGAUGUCCUCAGCUGUAGCAUUUGGCCACAUUGAAUCCCCUUCGCAUAACAAUGAUCACGCAUUGCUGUCUUCCUCGGAUGCUGCCGCGGAUCUGUGGGACGACGGAGAAGCAGUGGCGAGAAGAUGA